AUGUCUUCAUCACCUCUACAAGACAAGGUAGCCGUCGUGACCGGUGGGUCGAAAGGCAUCGGUGCAGCUACCGCCACAGCCCUCGUCAACCUAGGCGCAAAAGUGGUUAUCAACUACGGACGCGACUCUGCCGCCGCAGAGAAGCUGGUCAAGACACUUGGAACCGAUAAGGCAUACGCCGUGCAAGCAGAUGCGGGAACCCUCAGCGGCGUCGAACAAUUGGUAAAAGCAACGGUCGAGAAGUACGGCAAGAUCGACAUCCUCAUCCCCAAUGCCGGGAUCCUCCCUAUGAAAGACGUGGAGUCGACCAGCGAGGCAGAUUUCGACCGCACGUUUGCACUGAACGUCAAAGGGCCGUAUUUCCUCGUGCAGAAGGCCUUGCCACAUAUCCCUCGCGGCGGUUCCAUUAUCUUGAUCUCGACGACCCAGAAUUUCGCAUCUACCGUCUCUGCGCCAUAUACGCUCUACUGUGCGACCAAGGGUGCUAUUGAUCAGAUGGUCCGAGUCAUGUCAAAGGACUUGCAAGCGAAGAAAGGCAUCCGAGUCAACGCCGUUGCCCCAGGACCUACAGGCACGGAAUUGUUCUUCGAGGGAAAGAGCGAGCAGGUCUUGAAGAUGAUUGCGAGUCUGAAUCCCAAUAACCGCAUUGGUACACCCGAAGAAGUGGCCGACGCGAUUGUCUUCCUCGCUGGAGAUGGUGCUAAGUGGGUGUCGGGUCAGACCAUCCGUGUUAAUGGUGGACAGGCUUGA